CGCUGUUGUGAUUGGUUGCACGUCGUGCGCAGGGGUUGGUCUUCCGUGUGUACAUGCACCAACGUUAAGUGGCUUUAGGGUGAAACGUCAUCGAAAGCGACGCUGACUUUUGGCCUCAACAGAAGUCAAGGUGAUCCUUCUCCAGGAAAUGUGGAGUGUGGCCAGGCUGGCAGCAGUGGCUUUCCCUAUGGGUUUGCUUCUUUCCAGGACCAUGGCAUGGAUAUCUAGUGGCAAAACACAUUCCCAACUUAUAAGCCGUUUGCGAGAGCACGGAGUCAUCCGUAGUGAUCGAGUGUUCGAGGCCAUGCUUGCCACUGAUCGGGGCAUCUAUUCCAGAGACAACCCAUAUGAUGAUUCUCCUCAGUCAAUAGGGUACAAGGCCACCAUCAGUGCUCCUCACAUGCAUGCACAUGCUCUGGAGGUUCUCAGUGAUAAGUUAACUGAUGGAGCUUCAGCCCUGGAUGUUGGUUCAGGGAGCGGCUAUCUCACGGCCUGCUUUGCAAGAAUGGUAGGUCCUACUGGCAAAGUUGUGGGAAUUGAGCACAUAGAAGAUCUAGUGCGAACCUCGGUGAAAAAUGUCCAAGCUGAUGACCCAGAGCUCUUAACUUCUGGACGGAUCAAGCUAGUGGUGGGUGAUGGACGCUUAGGUUUUCCAGAUGGAGCACCAUAUGAUGCCAUUCAUGUAGGGGCAGCAGCACCUACAAUCCCCAAAGCGCUUCUCGAGCAGCUAAAACCAGGUGGAAGACUGGUGCUGCCUGUUGGUCCAGAAGGUGGAAGCCAGGUUCUGGAGCAAUAUGAUCGCCAGAGUGAUGGUACCUUUGUCAAAAAGGCACUCAUGGGGGUGGUGUAUGUACCACUUACUGACAGACGUUACCAGUGGCCAGGCGGUGAGCUCUGAUUGCGGUGUGGUUACUCCUGCAGGAGGUGGUUCAGGUGUUGUGGUGCAGAGAACACUUAAAACAGAGCACGAGGCCCUCGCUUCAGCUGUGUAUUACUGUCCUGCCUGCCAGCUCUGUCCAGCCUCUUCACUUCUCUUCUGCUAUAAUAACAAAACACAGCUUUUUUUAUUAUUAUUAUUAUUAUUCAGCCAUUACAGGAUGUCAGUCAAAUUGUUAUUUAGUGCUUGUCUUUCCCACAUUCUUACUUAAAUGGGGUUUAAACAAUUAUUGUUUUUCUUAACACCCCUUAUGCCUUGUUUGUAAAACACUAUGUAAAAUAUUUCCUAACUGAAGUCCAAGCAGUGACGAGUUAAAUCAUUAAGAUAAUUAUUCAGACUGCAGUGCUGUGUAACUGCUCAAAAUAAUACUUAAAUCAUGGAUUAUGUAAAUUAAUUUAUUAAUAAAUAAGCUUAUGUUGGUA